AUGAAUUCUUCGAUUGACGAUGCCUUUAAUGAGACAUCUACCAUUGAGAUCAUCAUUGAGGAGACGCAUGCUGAUGCGGUCAUGGAUCCAUGCGAGGAGCGUCAACUCUACAAAAUCCUAAUUGGUUAUGGCUUCAUAUUCAUCUUUCUUUUCGCCGUUUUUGGAAACUUUGUGAAUCUCUUGAUUUACAAUUCGGACCAUAUUAAAUAUUAUAUAGCCAUACGAAUGUUGUGUACAAGAUUGCUGAUGAAUUCGUUGACAUUGAUUUUCAUGGUCCCAAGAGCACUACGUAUAAUUUCGGUUUGGAGUGCCGGAUCGCGAAUUGACCACGCUUACUGGUUCUACUAUCCAUAUCAAUUGUAUUUUGUCAAUCUGUUCGGAUUCUGUUCGAUGUGGCUCACUGUUAUGAUGACGGCUGAAUGCUAUUUGCACGUGUUUCUGCCAUCACAUUCCAAAGUAUUAUGCACGAAAAGGAAUUUGUCAAGAAGUUACAUUGUCAUUAUAUCAACAGGAGCCGUGUUGUACCUUUUGAAUUUUUUCAAUAGAAAUUAUUCGCUGGUUGAAGAAUGCGAUCGAACAGUCGUUUAUAUUCAUGCUCCUGAUGAUUUCAUCAUGGUACUUAUUGAAAAGAUUCAUACCGUUGCCAGUCUCUUCCUGGCGAUUGUCAUUCCAAUGGGACUUCUCGUAUUCAUGGCAUCCUCGAUUCUAUGGAAGCUUGUUUUACGCAAAACUGAAUUCACUUCGCAUUUCACAAGCGAAAAGCGGUGCGUCACCAGGAUCACACUGAUCACAACGAUUUUGCAAUUAAUCGCCGAACUCCCAUGCAUCCCAGUUUUCAUUUACGCAACUAUCAGUGGUCCCGAUGCGAUAAACGGCAGUUUGAUCUGCAUCUGGAACACUAUCGGCUCAUUCCUUGGGCUGUGCAACAUCUCGUUGUCCUUCUUUGUGUAUCUCGUUUUCUCUGACAAAUUCCGCAAUAUGGUGAAAAGUCGCUUCACGGAGCUUUUCCAUCCGUGUACCACGAAUACUGCUUUCGUCUCUUACCAAAACGAGGCGGGAGCCAACUCGAACCUCUUACUCACCAGAGAAGCACAGUCAAUGCAGAGUCAAGAGCCUGAAUGUGUGUUACUUUCACCUUUCUCAACCAACGAUGACAUUUCAGCAUGUUGCACCGAUUCAUGCCUCCUCAAUGACCGUUCCUCUGUUAAUGAUGAUUCCUAUCUCUGA